AUGGCGGCGUCCGCUCGCAGCGUGCAGUGUGCCUUGAAGAGAGCCAUGGUCCCGUCAUUAGUGGUGAUUUUAGGAGCUACCGGCACCGGCAAGUCAAAGCUGGCGAUCGAGAUCGGGAGACGGCUUCGGGGGGAAAUCAUCAGCGCCGACUCCAUGCAGGUAGGACGGCUGUUAACACGAGGAAAUGCCCGGAGAGUCCUUGACAUGGCAGCCAUUAUGCCUCAGUAAAGCUGAAUAAAAGAUCUGCUGUGCGGCUAAAUGUGAUCAGAUUGGAAAACUUGCUGUUGUACUGUCAUCCAAAGCGAUCGGACUCUUUGAAUAUGUAAUCUGCAUUCAGCUUCAUGUUUGGCGCAGGGUGGCGAGAAGCGCAAACGAAAACGUGAGAAUAACUUCAAAAUUAUCAUAAAACAGAUCAUCAGUCAUCUGCACUGCAAUAUAUUUCUGUAAACCUCACUUCAGAUCCGUCGUGGCAGCAAACAAAGCCCUGUUAACGUGUUUAAUCCACAUCAGCAUGUCUGCAGGGCCUGUAGCCCACGGGGACACAACAACAGCAGCUACAGGAAGACGAAAUGUCACAAACAACCUCCCAAAAACAUGCAGAAGGGUUUAUCACUCUCUGGAGAUUAGCUGGAAUACACCAGAGUCAUUUGAUAAAAAAAGAAAAGCCCUUUGAAGUCUUAAAAAAUGAAGCAGAGAAGAAAUCGAGGAUAGAAAUAAGAGCCUAACUUUAGUCUUGGUCCUACUUUCUCUGUAUCCUAUGUCUGUCCUCCUGCCUCAUUCUGAUUCCCCACCUCUUAAUUCUUCUAAAAUACAUGAAAACAUUAACAAAACCUACUGAUUGUGACUCAUAUCAGGUUUUAGUGCAUGGUUAAUUUACAUUAGGAGUUACAUUAUCACAGAAGUAAGCAGUUAAACCCUAAAUCUUGUCUCAAUGAGAUAAUGAGAACAUUUGUAAAUAUAAUACAAAUACAUACACAGCAUAAAUGUGAGAAAAGUUUGUAACUGCAGUAUAAAGAAAGCGAAGACUGUGUGCAAGGUAUAAGUGCAUGUCUUUUAAAGGUUAGGACAGUGUGCACAUGAUAUUUAUAUUAUAUUUGCUUUAAGCCAUAAAGUAUAUUUUCAAAGUUUAUCUUUUGGUAAAUAGUCAAUCUUUAAGUGUUGGAGUGAAUUACAAGUUAAAGCAGACAGGAGACAAAAAAAGUGAUAUCUUAAGACAACUUUAUCUGAUGGGCUUUUUAAUUCUGUUCUAGGAUUAAUAAGAAAAGUGAAGCCAAACAUUUAUUUUUCCAUUACACCAUCUUUUACACACCGCUGCUUUGUAGCAUACACACAACAUAAUACUACCCAGUACAACAGCUCUGUCAUAAAUGCUCUUUUCCUGAAUACAGACAAGUUUUAAUUGUCAAACCAUGUUCUUUAUUGUGGUAAAAUGAUAUUGUUUUUAUUGAUGUUGAGCCAGACUGCAUUAUAGUUACAGCUUUUAAAAAUAUUCUGUUUAAAAAUUAAUCUUUUUUUUAAUCUUAAUUUCCCUUUAGGGAUCAAUAAAGUUCUUCUUCUACAAGACAAACAGGGACUAAAGUCUGUAUCUGUGCAUGCUGCACCUGGAAGGAAUGAGAGUUUAAUUCAAGUAUCUGAAACUUUUCAUGUGAGGGAGGCUGACGAUCCAAACAACAACCUUUGCCUGUGAGAUAUCUCACACCCCAUUAAACAGACGUUAUACUCUCUGGUAUGGGCCAACCUAUCACCAUCAGAGUGUAAAUAUUAAACGUUAGAAGUAGAAAUAGCAGUGCCAAGUAAAACAGAAAAAGCUAAAAGCCUCAUAGAGGAAGUUAUAGGAGAAAGGUGUUUAAUCAAUUGCAUUAAAUGGCGUGUAUGUCACGAUGAUCCUUUGUAUGUGGGAGUUGCAGCAUUAUCCAUCAGUUAUGAGCUAGUUCUGUAACACUGAAAUGUGGUCCUAAAGAUUUUAUCUGCUCAUUUUUACUCUUUUUUUAUUGCUAAUCCAGGCAAAAACACAGCGAUAGGUGGUCUUUAAAGUUUAUAGUGUAAGCAUUAAGAGCGUUGUGUGGGUGUGUGAGUACAGUGACAUUUACAGAACUCCAAGGCUCACAUCUCUUCUCUCUCCUCUCCCUCUCACAGCCCCACCUCCCAUUUAGUUCUCAGGCUCUGUUGCCACAGCAACCAUGGGGCACUGAAGGUUGAAUACAGGUUGGAGUCAGGGUCACAACAGAGCACAAUAUAGACACACAACACACACACAUAAACAGACACAAUUAAUUACACCACUUUAUCCAAUCAGAUUUCACUCUUUCAUCACCUUUUUUCCAUCUCAGCACCACUUACUCUCCCCCCUUUAGUGUACAUUGUCCUUGAGAGUGUGCAUCCCAGUGGGGAGUGCCUCUUCCAGCAGUCACCUGGUACUGGGCAAACUGGGUUACGCUAAUAACAUUUGAGCCCAGAAUAUCUCAGCGACCAGCAGCUCUGGUGAAGAGAAACAGUGGCCUAGUUAGAGCACGGCAGCCCCAGCCUAUUUCCUCGUUUCCUACCCUUGUUGCUACCCUCCUGUCGGCGUGUGACAGCCAGAGAAAGCCAGAGAGACAUGCAGACAUGGAGGGAGUGAGAAAGAGACUUGCUUAUAUGAGAAUAGGGUUGUGUAUAGGCUAGAGCUGGCCUGUGUUGUCUUUGGGAUAGGAAACAGUCUGGUCUUGUUUGGGAGAAAGCAGCAUUGUGCUGAGCUGGUGCAUAUUCAGCGCCGUGCUACGCCGGCCCAGCAGCUGAUAGUGAAUGGGCACGCUGUGGCCACUGGGAAGUGUCCAUUGUCCCACUGA